AUGAGCACAUUGAGGUGGGACAGUAAGACUGCAUCGAAAAGAAGCCAUUUACAGACACUUGAUGUACUCAGACGGUCUCGUAGAUCGGAGUUUUUGUCGAAGCGCCGCAUAAUCGAAACACCCAAAGAAACAAGAAAACAAAAAGUGUACCCUUUAACAUUUGAGGAGGAGAUCUCUUCUGCCAUUCGUCGGCCAAUAGACGAACUCAAUGACCUUGUGCAUGCCUUUAAAGUGUCGGGUUGUGACGACGAAAAGCUUUUUAAUGUUCUCAUGAACACCAAAGCAUUUCUAGAAAGGGACAACAACGGGUCUUCCAUCCUUAUUCGACCUUCGGGAUUAUUAAACAUGGUUGUAGUCCAGAUCCUUAACACAGACGAAACAAUUUCCUCUCUUUCUGCGGAGGUGUUGAGCAUUUACGUUUGUUGUGGUACAACACACGGCCAAGAACUGAUUGAAGAAAAUAUCGUCGAAGUCAUAGUGCGCAAAAUUGUUUCUCCCAGUGUGGCAGUCCGCCGCAACUUGAUUCAUCUUCUCGCAAACUUAGCUGGCGAGUCUUCGGCAAUCCGCGACAACUUGCUGAGCCAACAGAUUUCCUCACUUAUUUUAAACCUAAGUCAAGCGUAUAUAACGAACCCGGACAUAUUAAACGAAUUGGGCUUUCUCGUUACCAAUUUAUGUAACAACGCUCCGUACGUCAAGAUCGAGUUCAUUACUCCUUUGUUUCCCUUCAUCAAAAUGAUGUUGCGGUCGAUUGUUGUCUCGCUUUGUGUCGAUGGCAUUUGGUCUGUCGACUUUUUGGCACAAAACCCCGAAAACAUCGGGACUCUUUGCUCCAACGGAUUUUUGGACGAACUGAUUUCUUUCCUAGAAUCAGCCCGAUAUGAAUGUGUCGUUCCGGCAAUUGUCUCAAUCUCCACAUUUAUGACAGGCGAUGACAAUUUGUUGAUGUUAAUACAGAGCAAAGGCGUUCUUGACAAAAUCACUCAUCUAUUCAAAUCAGACGAGAUUGAAAAACGCCAGAAAGAAAACCUCUUUUUGUUUCUCGUCGAUUUCAUCCGAAUUCCCACACAACCCGUUGUAUCAAAAGUCAUCGUUUCAUUUAUUCCGGCCGCAAUCACCGCCGUUUUAGAGGAAACCCCACAGUACCAAAUUCGCCCUGCUUACCUCAUCAGUGAAGUUGUCCAAAAGUCAGAAGCUCAAAAUCUCAUCUCGAUAUUAAAUCUGGAAAAUAUUUUUGAUGCAUUCAAGGGGAUGCUUCAAAUAGAUGAUCAGGGACUGAUGGAGUCUGUUUUAGAGAUGGUCUUGUACCUCCUCAAGUUUGAAUGUUACUCCGAGAGAAGAUAUGGUAUUUUCGAUAAAUUUAAUGAAAUAGAUUUGGCAUCUGCACUUGAAGCGAUCUCAUUGGGCAAAUUAAGUACAGAGAUGAUAAGGUCUCUUAAUACGCUUCAGGGAAUCUGUAGAACUCUUGAAUAG